UCGUCCAAGAUUGGACCCUGUACCCGGCCGCAGAACUCCGCGCCCGUCGGCGACAUCCUCCUCCCUCCCAAUGCUUCGCCGGCGCCGGCGUGUCAUCCCUCUCCUCGUCCGGUGCUCGCAGCUCCGCCGCCAAAGCACCGUCUCCAGGUACCGUCCGCUUCCGCGGCGACGAGCCCGUGGAGACACCCGCUACACCAGCAACGACGACACCCUCACCCUCGGCCUCGCGCGGCGGAGGCGCGACGCCACCGGCAACGCUGCUCUCCGCUGCCACGGUACCGUCGCGGAGCCCUCUACCCCGCCGUGGCAGCGCGACGCCCAAGACGACGUGUGCUCGACGACCGGCCACGACCCCAGGCCGCAGCACGGCGCCGCGGCCGCUCGUGCCGUGCUCGAUGACGACGAGACGCCUGGCGCUGACGCCUACGCCGCCAUGGUCGCCAGCCGACUCAGGGAGCGCGACCUGACGCGCGCGGAGGCGCUCUUCGGCGCGGCGCCCGCGGCUGCCCGGGGGCUGUAUCUGGAUACCGCCAUGCUCGACGGGUACGCCAAGGCCGGCCGCGUCGAUCGCGCGCGCGAGCUGUUCGACGCGAUGCCGGUGAAGAACGUCGUCACUUGGACCUCUAUGGUUUCCGGGUACUUCCGCGCCGGCCGCGUUCAGGAGGCGCGGGAGCUGUUUGACGUCAUGCCUGAACGGAAUGACUAUUCGUGGACGACGGUGGUGCAGGGGUACGCGCGCAAUGGGAUGCUCAGGGAGGCGAGGGAGAUGUUUGAUCGGAUGCCUCAGAGGAAUGUGGUCGCUUGGACGGCCAUGGUUAAGGCCUACGUUGACUGUGGGCAGAUUCAGCAGGCGUGGGAAUUGUUUGAUAUGAUGCCUGAGAGGAACUCGUAUUCCUGGAAUGCCAUGAUUUCUGGUUUUCUCAGCAUUGGGAAAGUGGCUGAAGCAGUUCAGUUGUUUGAGAGGAUGCCACACAGACACAAGAAUGUGGUUUCUUGGACUACAAUGGUCGCUGGCUUGGCAAAUAAUGGACUUGCUUGCAGGGCAAGAGAGUUCUUUGAUCGGAUGCCAGCGAAGGACACUGCGGCAUGGAAUGCCAUUAUCACCGUUUAUGCCAACAAUGGCCAGCUGAAUGAGGCGCAGAGAUUAUUUGAUUCAAUGCUUGCAAAAGACCUGGUGACCUGGAGUACCAUCAUUGAGGCAUAUUCGAAGAAUGAGCGUAAGCAUGAAGCCUUAAACAUGUUUCUACUUAUGCGCCAUUCAGCAGUGUCUCCUAACAUUAGAACAUUAAUUAGUAUCCUGGUUAUAUCUGAGAGCACAGUCGAAGUUAAGCAAAUUCACGGGUUGGUCAUUGCACUUGGAUUCCUGUCAGAAACUUCCUUAGGAAAUGCUCUGCUCACAAUGUAUUCAAGAAGUGGAGAUCUGAUGUCUGCCUGGUUUGCCUUCAAAAGGUUGGAACAGAAGGAUGCCAUAACAUGGACGUCGAUAGUGCAAGCUUUUGCAGACCAUGGCUGUGGUUACCAUGCCUUACUGGGGUUUGCUCAGAUGCUGAGACAUGGGUAUAAACCAAGUUCGACUACCUUCACUGCUGUGCUGUCUGCUUGUAGGCAUGUGGGGUUGGUUGGGAAAGGUCGCAAGAUGUUUAAAUCCAUCUACCAUGUUUAUGGAUUGGAACCAACCAUUGAGCACUAUUCUUGUCUUGUGGACCUUCUAGGUCGAGCAGGGUAUGUAAGGGAAGCCAAGGAACUUGUCGAUGGUAUGCAGCAGGGUAUGCGCGAUGAGGCCAUUCUUGCGACGCUCCUGGGAGCCUGUGUGGUGCAUAAUGAGGUAGAGGUAGCAAGAGAAGUGGGUGAGGAUCUUGUCAGAUUUGACCCCUCUGGUACCGGAGGCUACAGGCUCCUGGCCAAUGUAUUUGCAUCGCAUGGAAUGUGGGAUGAAACAGCAAAUGUGUGGAAGGUCAUGAGGGGCAGUAAGGCAAAGAGGACUCCUGGUUUUAGUCAGAUUGAGGUGAACAUGAGGAAUCAUGUGUUCUACUCAAGGGAUCAAGAGCAUCCACAAUGUGCUGAAAUAUAUGAGAUGCUGAUUGACACAAUUGCUCCUCAGAUGAAGGGUUCAUCAUGCGUGGGACUCUGGGAACUGACCCUCUUGUCCGAUCCACGCGAAUCGACUGCCUGGUGACCUUGGUUGCCUCAUUGCCUGGGCUUGCUUGUCAAGUGUAAAAGAGAUGCGACCAAUGCUGCAGCAUCCAUUUACCAACAAUAGUGAUGAUAACGAUGCUGGACCUGUGGGUCAUGUUCGGUGCUCAUUGUUGAUAUUGUGGAAGAAACCAGCAGAACUUCUUUUUGGAUAUCGAAGGGCUCAGCAAGAAACUCAAUUCUUCAAUUAUUAUUUCCCCUUGCAGAAUUGCAAUAAUGUUGAGCAUCUUGUUUGUAGAGAGCAGCGAGCAGUGUGCCUUGUCAGCACCUAUAGCUUGAAAAAUUAUGGUAAUCCUGCUAGGACAUAAUGAUUAAUGAAGCUCCCGGGCCUUGAAAGGAAACUGUUUAUCCAAGGUUUGUCUUGUCAGAUGAAGUGAGCAUUGUUCUCUCCUUGGCCUACCACAACUGGAUGCAGAUACAGCGAGAUAUUGAAGGGGGUGUGGUAGCAACAAUUUUAGCGUCGAUGGGGGUGUCAAAUAUAUUAGAGAUGCAUAUAUAAAUGUGUCCCUAUCAUGUCCACAAAUGGUGACAAGGCCGGCUCGUGCUCCUAAACUCGGUUGCCGAAGGAGGAUGUGUUGUACAACAUCGUCGCCUCCAAUUGACCACCCACACAUCUCUUUUCUCGAUCGUCAUUCUUUCCCGACACCAAAUGUCGAGCAUGAUGGAGGCAUUGGAGCACACGUGCGCGAUGGUGGCGUUGGAGCCCAGGCGUGUGGCGGCAGCGGUGGCCCUGCUCCUAUUCAGAUUAAGCCACACGAGAUUGAUUGCUGCUGAAGGGAGGCCUCCCCAGUUGAAUCCACAUCCAUAUGCAGAGUACACAGCCGCAUCCGGAGGUAGCUAGGUACCGGCAUCCGGCACCCACUAUCGCAGGUGCCACCACAGCCUCCUGUUUUCAUGAACGUAAAUGCCAUUUAGGGACUGAAUCAGCCGCCACCAGGUCAUGGGGCAAGAUUGGAGGACUGCCACAUGUGCUUGAAGGCAUUGUUGCCUCACGCCCACUCUGAUCUGCUGGUGAAUGAGUAUGGCAAUGAAGUGCACGGAGGAGCUGCUCCUUCCCUAUAUUUAUGGAUCUAUGCUUGUUGUUUUUCUAGCUUUGAACCACGACUUAUGAUUUCAAAACUCCUGGGAUCUGCUCUAGUAGCAUAUUGGCCUUGUUCUGUGUUUCAGGGAAGCAAGAGAAGGUCACUUUUUUGUUCUGUUGGUCUACUGUAACUACAAUCUGUUCAGUUCAGCUUUCUGAAAGUAUUUGGUCUGUGUUAUGUAAAUGAAGUUUUCUAGUCCAUCCUAUGUACAAGUUUUAAAUUUGCUGGUUGUUAUUGUCAUGAAAAAAAUGAUCUGCUGCCAUUGGUGCAUUGGUCAGUGUCCUUCCUCUGCCAAUUGGGAAAAUAGUGCCACGCAGAGUAGACAAGUAUCAGGUCAUUUUGUUGUGGAAGUGAAACAGAUUUAUGAAUGGUAUGUUCCUU